AUGCGACACAUGUCGAACUUAAUUGUACGCGCAGAAAAAGAAGUUAUACUCGCUACCAACUACUGGCAGAAUUCGGUCGCUUCCAAAUAUAUAACAAAUGCGAUGAGGGAGCUAUCGAGAAGAGCUGGCAAGCGAGGAGAAAGGAUUGUGUUCAAGCUAGAAUAUGACCGAGGAAGUGCGAAACAGGCUUUGAACAACCACAUGUCUGUGACACCGAAGGAAUAUAUGGGCGCUGCGGUGAAUAUCCCAGCGCCGGAGGAUAUCCCAUUCAUCGACUUACAAGUGGUCAACUACCACCGACCAAUGGUUGGAACCUUCCAUUGCAAGUACAUGGUUGUGGACAGGAAGUAUGCGGUGCUUCAAAGCAACAACAUCCAGGACAAUGACAACAUGGAAAUGAUGACACUUCUGGAAGGGCCAAUUGUUGACUCGCUGUACGAUAUGGCUCUGAUUUCGUGGAACAACAAGCUGGACCCACCCCUACCAAGCGCAAACUCCCCAGCUGCGCAAGGAGGUGCGACCUCGUUCAAUAAUAAUCACAACGCGAUGUUUGGCCAGAAUGGAGCUAUCAAAGGCCACUCAGCCAUUGUACACCCAGAGCGUAUGAAGCAACGGAAGGCAUAUGAGUAUCACCCAGGAACUGUCAACCAACCUGGCGUAGCGCAGCCAUCUGUUGCUGUUGACAAAUCAGAGUCGAGCCAGAAUGAUCUGAAUGGGCCUGUGAAUGCAGAAGACGCUACUCGGCCUACGGGAGAUGAAAAUGGUGUCAGCGAAAUAACCAAUGGCAUGGAGCAAGCGAAACUGAGAGGAGAAACUCGGUCGAUCGAACACCAGGGCCAGGAUUUGGGCAUGAUUGGAAGGCUCCAGGAAAAUGCGAAAGCAGUUGCAGUGACAGGUGAUGUGGACCACAUCCCACAGCCCGAGAAAGAGCACCAUGGAGCAGUGAGCAAUCUUGUCGGCAACAAGGAGAAGCGUGGUAACAACAAAGAGUUGAAUGCGCCAGGUGUGAUUGGUCCUGAUGCUGAGACCAAGGAAUUCUUGAAUGAGGGCAGUCAGCAACUCCCUCAAUCAAAAAUCGAGAAUCCGUCGGCUGAGGAUGCUCUGUUGCCUGAGCACACCACCGAUGACCCUCACUACGAUGUCGAUAUUGCAGGAGAAGUGGCACGUGUCCAAACAGCAGUAUCUCCAAAGAAUGGUGAGACUAGAAUUGAAGCAGUGACACGGCAUCUCAACCACACCAAGAAUGCCGGCUUCAAAGGAAAUGCGCCCGAGUGUGAGCCAGAAGACGAAAUGACGCCCUACAUCCCCCAUCCAGUUCAUGAGCCAUUCCCAAUUGCGAUGGUGUGUCGUGAGCCAUACGGAUCGCCAAAUCACCGCUCUGUGUACAAUCCACAGAACGAGGUGUGGCUUUCAGCUCUCCGCAACGCCAAAAAGAAUGUCUUCAUUCAAUCACCGACUCUGAACGCUGAGCCGCUCGUCCCAGCGAUCAUUGAAGCUUGCGAACGGGGCAUCGAUGUAUAUUGCUAUAUUUGUCUGGGCUACAACGACACUGGUGAACUUCUUCCAAAGCAAGGUGGCACGAACGAAAUGAUUGCUCAUAAGAUGUACACCUCUCUCUCGCCUCAGGGGAAGCAGAAGCUUCACUACUUCUUCUACAUCGGCAAAGACCAAACCAUACCCAUAGUUGCCAAAAAGAAGAAGCGCGAUUGCCACAUCAAAGUCAUGAUCGUUGACGAGCACAUCGGUAUCCAAGGCAACGGGAAUCAAGAUACGCAGUCGUGGUAUCAUAGCCAGGAAAUCAAUGUUAUGUUCGAUAGUGCCUUGGUGUGUAAAGCUUGGAUUGAUGGGCUGAGGAGGAAUCAGAACACGCAUCUGUAUGGCGAGCUUGGGAAGAUGGAUGGUGUAUGGAGAGAUCAGAAUGGAAAGGAAGCGAGUGAUGUUAUUGGUGUCGAUCCAGGGAGGUUUGCGUGGGCGAAGGGAUUCAUGGGUGCAAUUCGGAGAGUGAGAGGUGCUGGUGAUUUUUAG